AUGUCGCGGGUUCAACUCAUAUUUGGCUUCAACUCUUUCCGGCUGAUUUUCAGGGGGUUGAAAAAAGAGGGGCGCAGACGCGGCGCCGCCCGCUUUGCCACCACCUCGCGCUGCUCCUGCUGCUUCAUCGCCUUUGCGCCGAGAGUCCCGCAAGGCCUCUCAACAAGGCCGCCUCACCUUUCCCCCGCUGCGUUGCUUCAGCCCAUCCUUCUUUCUGGACCUGCGCGCGCGGCGGCGGGGCGCUCUCUCUCUCUUUCUGGGCGGGGGCGCGGCACGGGCUCAAUUACUCGCAAAGAGGGCAGCCAAGAGCCGGCAACUAGACCCGUUGACUCGUUGUCGGCGGCGGUGUCGGGCUUUGGGCGGCGCCGUGUUCAGGAGGCCCGGAACAAAUGCAGUUGA